UCUCCUUAUCAUUACUCCGUGGUGUACCACUUAAAAUUUUGGUUUGUAAUGCAAUUAAACUUUUGUUUUUCACACGAAAUGUUAAGCGUGAAAUAAUCAAGAUUUUUUCCAAGAAGUUUAUUACAUAAUAAGCUAAGAUGAUGGAUGAUGAAUAUAUGAGUGAACUAGUAGAUUUAGAAAAAAGUCUAUUUUUAAAAGGCUUUAAAUUCUCGUCGCCAAAUAUUGUGUAUGAUCCUGAAAAAGUGAUAAACUUUGGUAGUUCUUCGGAAUGUGAAUUUUUUCCGACAGAAUCUCAAGGCACCAUUUUCCAGUUUUCACCUCCGACGAAUCUAUCUAAAGAUCGAGAUGAAAUCAGUCCGGAAAGCAGGCAUCUUGCUAAGGAAUACAAACCUCGAAUUUCUAGAAACACUUACAAAAAUCCCGUCAACAUGUUUACCCAAGCUCUGAAAGGAACACCGGCUUUUGCACAGUUAAAGACAAAUUCAAAAAUUUCAGUUCCAAAGCAUAGUACUGAUACUUCGAUAACCUGCUUCUCGGUGCCAGAAUCCUUACUGAAUAAAGCAGCGGCAAAGGAAUACUUUUCGACGUUUGGAGAUAUUUCGAAAAUGGUGCUUCGUCCAAAGAAGCACAUUAUCACAGUAAUCUAUGCUACAAAGGGCGAAGCAAAUAUAGCUUACUAUAAAUGUGGAUCCUUUCUAAACGAAAAGUUUGAUGUUCAAUGGUCUAACGAUGUACCUAAAUCACCAUUAAGAAAAAAAGAAGCUAACACUUCCGUUGUAUCUCGGAUACUCAAGGGAUCCGAUAAUGACAUCCAAGAAGAAUUGGAUGCUUUGAAAAAUUUGGAAUACAACCUGCACGACGAUCCCACUGUAGUAGAACCACUAACAUUGAUUAAAAAACUUAAAACACCGAAAGUACAGAAAGCAAAAGCUGCUGUUAAGGUGGAAAGGACCGAACCCGAAAGUCAGAUCGCAGCAUUGGUACCUAAAGCAUCAAUAGAAGAAUUGCAGACUAUCGUUCGUCAAUCUGCGUCAUCCACUGAAGAUAAAUACAAAAUUUUGGAAGCUCGAGAUAGGUUAAUGAGGCAGAAAUAUGUAAAGUCGCUUUCUUUAGCUACAGCUAAAGCCACGAGAGGCACUUGUCCAGAUAUGUGUCCAGAAAAGGAAAGGCUCAUGCGUGAAGCUCAACGACAAGUGUCUCUCUAUGAGCAGUUGGAUAAUGGUGGCGUGAAGAUAAAUCACAUGACAGCAGUGAAGCAGUAUUCCAGGUCAUCAGCUGAUCAAGAGGAACCUAUGCCACACGAGCUAAGGCCUGUUCGUUCAUUAAAGAUGACCAUGAGUUACUUAUUGCACGAAAUAGCUGACCUUUGUGACACUAAGGACACGAAUCUCGCAGAAUGGUAUCAUUUCCUAUGGGAUAGAACAAGAGGAAUCCGAAAAGACAUUACCCAGCAGGAGCUUUGUUGCCUAGACAGUGUCGAAUUGGUUGAGCAAUGUGCACGCUUUCACAUUCUAUGCUCUGAACGACUUUGCGCUGAAGAAUCUUCUGUCUUCGACAAGAAGAUAAAUACGGAAAAUCUAACGAAGUGUCUUCAAACUUUGAAGUAUAUGUAUCAUGAUCUCAGAGUAAAAGGAAUUACCUGUACAAACGAGCCUGAAUUUCAUGCGUACAUUGUUUUAUUAAAUUUAAAUAACGGCAGCUUUAUGUGGGACCUUCAGAGGUUGCCAUCAUCAAUACAGAAGGCAUCGGAAGUGAAAUUCGCUAUAGAAGUUUAUUCCGCUAUAGUGGCGAAUAAUUAUGUCAAGUUCUUUAAGCUCGUAAAGAAAACUACUUACCUGAACGCCUGCAUCUUAUUGAGGUAUUUCAAUCAAGUACGCGUUUCUGCUUUGUGUGUAAUGGUGAAGGCUUACUGCAGAAUGAACUCCUCCAAAUAUCCUUUAUAUGAACUUAUGGACAUUCUCGCAUUUGAGGAAGAAAAAGAAGCUGUUUAUUUUUGCGAGCAAGUUGGACUGUGUUUAGCACCAGACGAAUUGCAUAUUUUACUAGGCAGAGAGCACUUCAAUUUGCCUGAAAGUACUAUAGAGCAAAUAAGAGCGCUGAACGUGGUGGAAAAGAAGAGACUUCGAGAUAAUUUGUCUGUAGGCCAGUGCAUUGCAGGAGGAAAAUUACCUGAGAAGACUUAUAAAAAUCAUCAACCGCAUGACAGCUUCAACUCUCAGGGCUACCUUUUACCUGAAUCUAUGAGUGCCGUAGAUCAAAGUAUUUGGACAGAGAAGAUAAGAGAUCCUUAUGAGUUCGCUGAAGAAGAAGAAAAAUCGGAAAGUGUAGGUCCUUUUAAGGCAGUGAAAAGUCAGAUCAAGAGUAUUUCUUCUUCUGGGGUUUCUUUUUCAAUGAAAUCAGACGCUGGUACUAUUAAGCCAAAUAUUGACUUUUUUAAAUUCACGGCUAAUAAAUCUAAGUCUUUCAUAAAAAGUGUACUAAAUGAUGCAACGAAAGCUAAAUCCGAAAUUCGAAUUACAAAUUCUGUUCCUGUUAUUCCGAAGGCAACUGAGCAGCUAGUUCUUACAAAUUUAUUUUCCAAAUCCGAUUCUCUUUUUCCACUUUCAAAAAGUAGCUCAGAGUUUAGUACUGCAAAACUUGCGUCAAACUCUCCUUUUAAUAACGCUGUGAACAAGAGUAAAAUUUUUGGAACACCUUCAGGAAACAUAUUUCUUAAACCUGCGACUACUACUCCGUUCAAUUUCGGGCCUAGAGUAAUACCCAAAAUCAAUACUGAAUUUGUAAGUGAUGAACUGGUAAAAUCAAAAGAAAAAAAUGAAAAGGAGCAACUUAAGCAAGUUGAAAUAAACGAGAGGAUUUCACAGGUUGAACAAAAAAAGAAACGAGAAAUAGAGCGUGUGAAGAGACUAAAUGAAGUCGAAAAUGAAUCUGUGUACAUAUAUGAUUGCUUGGAGACAGAAAUCAUACAUAGUGUGUGUUCUUUGAUAGUAAAAGAGGAAAAGCAGAUAAUGAACAGUGAAGCUUUGAGUAAAGACAUUUUUGAAAAUUUACUGCAAUAUACUGUGCAAGAGAUUUGUGAAAAAGAGUUAAAAGAAGAAAUUUUUUUUCAUGAAACUUUGCGUGAAGUAACGAAAAGGCAGAAACAAAAGAUCACAGCAAAGUAUUGCAAAGUUUGGAAGAGGUAUGUAGGUAAAAAAAGAUACAAACGUGAAGCUCUAGACAACACACCUAUUUGGUUGCAAACACAAAGUGUAGAAGAUUGCGCAAAGUCUCUAUACAGGAAGCAACAAAAUGCUGUCAUAGAAAAUAUGUGCAGGAAACGAUUCAAAUCAUCUGCGGUCGAUGUUCCAAAGAGCAGUGAAGUUCCUAUAGAAGUUGUGGUAUACGCAGGUAUCAAGGAAAAUGCAAAAUCGUUUGAUGCUAAAAUUGGGUCAAGUAUAUUUUGGAAAAUGGCGAUAUCAUGGCCUAAUUCAGAAAACCGAGCUAUUUUAUGGCAACGUAAACAAAUUAUGACCAAGUAUUUGAACUCUGAUGAUUAUACUAUGGAUCCAAUUCUCAAAACUUUUUUACCAAAUUAUUAUGAGUCUUUGCACAUGUGUAUAAGGAAUUUCGAAGGCGUGACAAACGAACGAAAUUUAACUGGCAUGGACGCACUUCUCUUUGUCGCGUCGACUUCUGAAGAUCCAAGGACGAUUGUACGAAGAUUAACAAAGACAGUUUUAUCAAAGAACAAACUCAUGCCUAUACCAUUAGUCGUUAUGAUUUUUCAUGAAGGAAACACUAAACCGGAGACUAUAGAUAUUACAUCAGAUUUGGAGAAUUUGAUGGAUUCGGGCUUUAUAUCAGAGUAUACAAUUCUCUUAGAAAACACAAUUGACGAAAGCGUCAUUUUAAAACUCAUACAAAGCUCUGUACUAUGGCUUGCAAUAAACAAGUCACCACCUGUCCCUCUUGAGAUGGACUACUUGAAAAGAAUUCUACGAGACUGCUUGAUGGAUGAAUUGUGGCUGAGAAUACACGGUCAUUCUCUGUACAGUUCGCAAUUAAAAGAGGCUCUGAAGGAUCCACAGUUCAUUAUAAAUUUACACACAGAAGCAAUCACACAUCUAAUGGAAAUAGUUUUAGAUCAAGAAUCGCUUAUGUAUACCGAUUUCUCUCCAGAAAUUAAGAAAUUUCUGAAAGAGGAUUUGGAACUACCAUGCAGUUAUGAAUACUUCGAUGACGUUUGGAAAAAUAUAGAAUACAGAGAAAAAGUUGAACAAUGUAUAAGAAGUUUUCUUUUGCCGCAAUGGAGGUAUCCAUGGCCCAUUAAAAAUAGGAAUGAACUUCAAAAAGCGGUUGUACAUUAUUUACAAGAAGCAUUAUUAGAUUCUAGUCAUAAUGUUAUUACAAGGGACGUUUUAGAUAAUCUAUUAAUUAAGUUUGACACGAACGCAAUUCCAAACUUCACGGACAUUAUGCUAUUUAUACUUAAUCAGAAGAUUAAUUUAAUGAUCGAAGACUUUAAAGUUGUGUACAAUCAGAAUCAUGUUAAGCACUUUCGGACUUUACCUUGGUGGUUCAAAUCCAAUAUAUUUAUUGACUACAAUUUUCAGAGCCUUCCGAAUUGGGCAAUUGAAAGAGAAUCUGAAAUAAAUCAGACCAGAAACCACUCGGUAAAACCGAUUCUAAUGGGCGUGGAAGGCAGUGAGGAUAACGUAUCAGUUGUUGAUGAUUAUAUUAAUAAAACACUGAAUACGAGCGAAGGGUUUACUUCAGUAACAGAAUUUUGCAACAGCACGCGUAGUCGAGUGAUGGAAAUGCAGAGAGCAGCAGAAAAAUUUGAAAAACAGUUAGAAGACCAAAAAUUGAGAAACCAACGUUUGGAAGAAGAAAUCCGAAAUGCAUUACUUGAAGAAAACUUGUAGACCUUAAAAUUAGAAAUCGAAGCCUCCACUCAGUAUAAGACAUCUGCUGACAGCAGCAUGUAUGAGACUAUUUCCUAUGCUACAUAGUGCAUAGUUUCAUACACGGCGCUAUCGGCAGUUACUUAUAUUUAAUGGGAGCGUUGAAAUAGAGUAGACUACGAUAAAUAAGAUUGAUAAUACUUAACAUGUUUUUUUAUGUAUUGCAGUGACAUAUAAGUACCAACCAGACACUGUAUAUUAC